AUGGAGCCAAAACGUUUCAAGAAUCACAAGAGGCGUGGAUUCGGCACCCCUGUCGGAGAUGUGGUCGAACCCCUGGAUAUAAGUAUGGCAACCUGGUCACUCUCAAGACUGGGAGGGCGCCCGUACCUGUUAGUCAGCCACUCAAAACCCCAUCCCAAAGCGCCCGAGCUGGGCCAGGACCACUUGCUUCCUUGCAUAUCUACUGCGUAUAAGUAUUCAGGUAAAAAGUAUUGGCGAUGGCUGUAUCAAACGAACACGCCGGUCAGCCUCGGCCAUCACAGUCACUUGGGAUUUUCCAUGCGCAGCGCGACCUGCAGUUCGAAUGUAGAAGGAUAUUUUUCGUACUCGACUCAAGGGAUGGAAGUUGAACUGCGUUGGUGUUAA